AUGGCCAUGGAGCUCCUCCAACGUCACGGCCAGGUCUUCUCCGGUCGGACCGUCCCCCAUGCGAUGGAUGUAGGCGGCUUCAGCAAGUUCAGUAUGUCAUUCGGUCCGCCCGGGAAGGAGUGGCGCAACAAGCGCAAGAUGUGCAAGGAGAUUCUGUUCUCGGAGCGGUGCCUCGAAGGAAGCGAGGCCCUCCGCCAGGAGAUGCUGCAGAAGCUCGUGGAUCACGUCGGGAGCCACUGCGACCGCCGGGAUGUGGUCAACAUCCACGACGUGGUAUUCAUGGCCAACCUCAACCUCUUGCUCACCACCUUUUUCUCCAUCACCUCCCCGGACACCGCCAUGGAGUUGAUGAAGAUGAUGGAAGAUUUUUUCUCCUUAUUUGCUCCCAAUAUCGCCGACUACUUCCCCAUUCUCAAACGCUUGGAUCCGCAGGGGAUCAAGCGCAAGGCUGAGUUAAGCUUGGGUAAACUCUUGGCCAAAUUCCGUGAUUUUCUUAACCACAGGUUGGACUGUAAGCCAUAUUUCAACUUUAAUGAUUUCGAUAAUGAAAUCUAA